GCGCAAGGCACGCCGGGAUCGCGGAGGAGCAAGAAACCGUGGCGGAAAGAUCGGAAAGGCUGCUGGAGAAGGCGCCAUGGCUGUUCUACUGGAGACCACGCUGGGAGAUCUAGUGAUCGAUUUAUACACGGAGGAGAGACCGAGAGCUUGUCUAAAUUUCCUGAAGCUUUGCAAGACCAAAUAUUACAAUUACUGCCUUAUACAUAAUGUACAAAGAGAUUUUAUCAUACAAACUGGAGACCCACUGGGGACUGGUCGUGGAGGUGAAUCCAUAUUUUGCAAAUUGUAUGGUGAUCAAGCUAGAUUUUUUGAAGCAGAGAAAGUGCCAAGAAUUAAACACAAGAAAAAGGGAACUGUGUCAAUGGUAAACAAUGGGAGUGAUCAGCAUGGAUCUCAGUUUCUUAUUACUACAGGAGAAAACUUAGAUUAUCUGAAUGGUGUGCAUACAGUGUUUGGUGAAGUAACAGAAGGCAUGGAUAUAUUGAUGAAAAUUAAUGAGUCCUUUGUCGACAAGGAUUUUGUUCCAUAUCAAGACAUCAGGAUAAACCACACAGUGAUCUUAGAUGAUCCAUUUGAUGAUCCUUCUGGUUUGGCAAUACCAGACCGUUCACCAGAACCUACAAAAGAACAAUUGGAUAGUGGGAGAAUAGGUGCUGAUGAAGAAAUUGAUGACUUCAAAGGAAGAUCCACCGAUGAAGUGGAAGAAAUUAUGGCAGAGAAAGAAGCAAAAACACAGGCUAUUCUCUUGGAAAUGGUUGGAGACUUACCUGAUGCAAAUAUCAAACCACCUGAAAAUGUUCUUUUUGUCUGCAAACUUAAUCCUGUGACAACCGAUGAAGAUCUUGAAAUCAUAUUUUCCCGAUUUGGUCUGAUAAAAAGUUGUGAAGUGAUUCGAGAUUGGAAAACUGGUGAAUCUCUCUGCUAUGCCUUCAUUGAGUUUGAGAAGGAAGAAGAUUGCGAGAAAGCUUACUUUAAGAUGGACAAUGUCUUAAUAGAUGAUAGGCGAAUACAUGUUGAUUUUAGCCAAUCUGUUGCAAAAGUUAAAUGGAAAGGAAAAGGUGGGAAAUAUACAAAGGAUGAUUUCAAAGAAUAUGAAAAAGACCACAGCAAAACUUCUAAAUUAAGCCUGAAGGAGAAAGCAAAAUCCAAGCAAGACUCCAAAUACGAUCUUGUGCUGGAGAAUGAAGAGGAAGAAGCCAAAACUAGCCACAAGCACUCUGAUAAAAAGAGGAAACAUUACCAUUCAGACGACACCGAUGAGGAUGAGAAGAGGAGCAAAAAAUCCAAGGAGCCUAGCCAAAGGCACAAAGAAGAAUUCGAUAGGGAGAAAAGAAAAAGUGACAAACGAGAGAGAUGUUGGAGCCAUUCCCGGGAGAGAGAAAGCCAUCACAAAAAGUCUAAAGACAAGCAUUCCGAGGAAGCCUGGGAAAGAGAUCAUUAUGAAGAAAGAAAGUCAGGCAGGAACCCCAAAAAGUCCAAAGAUAAGGAAAAGUCCAAAUAUAAAUAAGGGUGGACUGAUGUAAACUGUAAAGCAACUGUUUCUUAGCAUUUAUCUGCCUUAGAAACUGCCAAUGUCUUCCCUUUCCUUCCCUUCCAGAAGAUCUUCAAGAUCACUCUAAUUUGGCCUCAUUAGCCACUGAGCCUUGGUGGCGGCAGUGGUUAGAUUGCAGUACUGCAGGCGACUUCUGUUGCCUGCCAGCUGCCU